AUGGCCAUCCGCCACCGAGGCACACUGGAUGAGGAUGGUCACAUUUCCUUCAAAGAAUUCAUCGCCGCACUAUCAAUCACAAGUCGGGGGACGUUGGAUGAAAAACUUGAUUGGGCCUUCUCGCUUUAUGAUGUGGAUAAAGACGGAUACAUCACAAAGGAUGAGAUGGCCAAUAUUGUAGAUGCAAUUUAUUCAAUGAUUGGGAACAUGUUGGAGCUCCCCAAGGACGAGGAUACGCCGCAGAAACGCGUGGAGAAAAUUUUUGCAAAUAUGGAUAAGAAUUUGGACGGGAUGCUAACGCGGGAAGAAUUCAAAGAAGGCUCGAAAGCAGACCCGUGGAUUGUACAGGCCCUUACUAUGGAUAUGAAUUCCGCUGCGGCC